AUGACUCCAUUUCAAGCCUUGUAUGGUUACGAGCCUCCGCAACCAACCUUCGAACUCAUUGCUCAAACCAAGGUCGAAUCAGUCAAUCAAUUACUAAAAGAGAGGAAGAUUUUAAGCAAGCAACUCAAGAAGAAUCUGAUCAAAGCUCAAUCACGCAUGAAGCAUUAUGCAGAUAGCACAAGGAGUGAACGAGAAAUCGAAAUUGGUGAUCUGAUUUUCAUCAAACUUCAACCCUAUCGACAGACCUCUGUGGCUCUACGGAAGAAUCUCAAAUUGGCGUCAAAGUUCUUUGGUCCUUACCCUGUGAUUAAGAAGAUCAGUCCGCUUAUAGGCAUAAGCCCAUCCAAACAGGCUCCUAAUGUUUUCCCGGUAAAGGAACCUCCUUUUAGCACCCCAGAUGGUCAGCUAAUAGCAGAACCCAUUGCAAUUCUCGAUCGGAGGAUGGUGAAGAAGAGAAACAUAGCUUCGACCCAAGUUCUUGUGCAAAGGGCCAAUUUGGCUCCGGAAGACGCAACCUGGGAAGAUUUCACCUUCUUCACUACGCAAUUUCCAGAGUUCCAACCUUGA